AUGUCCAAGAAACCAGAUGAUGAUAGUGACAGAUUCCUUUUCGGGGACAAAGACUUUAAACAAAGUGGAGUGGGCCAAGCAGACUGGUCUGCCAAGAAGCUGGUGUGGAUCCCAUCGGAGAGAGAUGGCUUUGAGUCGGCCAGCAUCAAGGAGGAGAAGGGCGAUGAUGUCCUGGUCCAGCUGGAUAAUGGGCAGAAGUUGACCGUCCACAAAGACAGCAUCCAGAAAAUGAACCCACCGAAGUUCAGCAAGGCAGAGGACAUGGCGGCGUUGACCUACCUGAACGAAGCCUCGGUGCUGCAGAACCUGAAGGAGAGGUACUUCUCAGGGCUUAUUUAUACAUACUCAGGCCUGUUCUGUGUGGUGGUGAACCCCUACAAAAUGUUGCCCAUUUACUCAGAGAAGAUCAUCGAGUUGUACAAGGGCAAGAAGCGUCAUGAGGUCCCCCCACACAUCUACUCCAUCACGGACAAUGCUUACAGGAACAUGAUGCAAGAGCGUGAUGACCAGUCCAUUCUGUGCACAGGAGAGUCAGGAGCUGGGAAGACAGAGAACACCAAGAAGGUCAUUCAGUAUCUGGCAGUGGUGGCGUCCUCUCACAAAACCAAGAAAGACUCUGGAGAAUUGGAGAAACAGCUUUUACAGGCAAAUCCCAUUUUGGAGGCUUUUGGAAAUGCCAAGACCGUUAAAAAUGACAACUCUUCCAGAUUUGGAAAGUUCAUCAAGUUGAACUUUGACGUGACUGGCUUUAUUGUUGGGGCCACAAUUGAUACAUAUCUGCUGGAGAAGUCCCGCUGUGUGAGGCAGGCAAAGAACGAGAGGGCCUUCCACAUUUUCUACUUCAUGGUUGCAGGGGCCAAGGACAAGCUCAAAGAGGACCUGCUGAUUGAGAGCUUCAGUAGCUAUCGCUUCCUGAACCUUGGCCAUGUCCAGGUCCCGGGCAUAGAGGACGACGAGAUGUUUGAGGAGACACUGGAGGCUAUGGCCGUCCUAGGCUUCAACGAAGACGAGAGAAUUGGGAUGCUGAAGGUGGUGUCCACUGUGCUGCACAUUGGUAACAUUGAGUUCAAGAAGGAGAAGAACCAGGAGCAGGCGGCCAUGCCUGACACCACAGCUGCUCAGAAGGUUUGCCAUCUGCAAGGCAUCAACUUGACAGACUUCACCAAGGCCAUGCUUACCCCCAAAAUUAAAGUUGGUAGAGAGGUGGUGCAGAAGGCACAGACCAAAGAACAGGCCGACUUUGCUACUGAGGCUCUGGCAAAAGCCAUGUAUGACCGCUUGUUCAAAUGGAUCUUGUUACGUGUGAACAAGGUUCUGGACAAGACCAAACGUGCUGGGUCUUCUUUCAUUGGCAUCCUGGACAUCGCCGGCUUCGAAAUCUUUGAGGAUAACUCCUUUGAGCAGCUGUGCAUCAACUACACCAAUGAGAAGCUCCAGCAGCUCUUCAACCACACCAUGUUCGUCCUGGAGCAGGAGGAGUACAAGCGUGAGGGCAUCGAGUGGAGCUUCAUCGACUUUGGCCUGGACCUGCAGCCCUGCAUUGAACUCAUUGAGAGGCCGAAUAAUCCUCCAGGCAUCCUCGCUCUGCUGGAUGAGGAGUGCUGGUUCCCCAAAGCCAGUGACAUCUCUUUCGUGGACAAAGUCUUGAACACACACGGUAGCCACUGCAAGUUCUCCAAACCGAAGCAGCACAAAGAAAAAACAAUGUUUGCAGUUCUGCACUAUGCUGGGAAGGUGGAUUAUAAUGCUGCAAACUGGCUCACCAAGAACAUGGACCCUCUCAAUGACAACGUGACCACACUGCUCCAGAAUUCCUCAAGUGCUUUCAUACAGGAUCUAUGGAAAGACACGGACCGGGUGGUGGGUUUGGAGCAGAUUAGCAAGAUCUCGGACAGCUCCAUGCCCAGCUCGGGCAAGUCCAAGAAAGGCAUGUUCCGCACGGUUGGGCAGCUGUACAAGGAGUCCCUGGGCAAGCUGAUGACCACACUCCACAACACCACGCCCAACUUUGUGCGCUGCAUCAUCCCCAACCAUGAGAAGAAGGCAGGAAAGAUGGAUGCCAAUCUGGUGUUGGAACAGCUGCGCUGCAACGGUGUACUCGAGGGGAUCAGGAUCUGUCGCCAAGGCUUCCCUAACCGCGUCAUCUUCCAUGAGUUCCGUCAGCGCUAUGAGAUCCUGGCCUCCAGUGCCAUUCCUAAGGGUUUCAUGGAUGGAAAACAGGCCUGCACACUAAUGAUUAAGCAUCUUGAUCUGGACCCCAACCUGUACCGCAUUGGCCAGAGCAAGAUGUUCUUCCGCACCGGCGUCCUGGCUCAGCUGGAGGAGGAGCGCGACCUCAAGCUCACCGUGGUCAUCAUCGCCUUCCAGGGCCAGGCUCGCGGCUUCCUGGCCCGCAAAGCCUUUGCUAAGCGGCAGCAGCAGCUCACUGCCAUGAAAGUGAUCCAGAGGAACUGUUCUGUGUACCUCAAACUGCGGAACUGGCAGUGGUGGAGACUCUUCACUAAGGUCAAGCCUCUGCUCCAGGUGACCCGACAGGAAGAGGAAAUGGGUCAGAAGGAGGAGGAGCUUAUGAAAGCAAAGGAAAUUGCGCAGAAAUCUGAGUCUCAGCUGAAAGAGAUUACCCAGAGGCACACUAAGCUGCAAGAGGAGAAGAACCAGCUGCAGGAGAAGCUGCAGGCAGAGACGGAGCUGUACGCCGAGGCGGAGGAGAUGCGUGUGCGUCUGGAGACCAAGAAGCAGGAGCUGGAGGAGGUGCUCCACGAGAUGGAGGCCCGUCUGGAGGAGGAGGAGGAGCGCAGCCUCGCUCUGCAGCAGGAGAAAAAGGACAGGGAGCAGCAAAUCCAGGACAUGGAGAAGCAAUUGGCUGAGGAGGAAGAUGCCAAACAGAAGCUUCAGCUGGAGAAGGUCUCUGCAGACGGAAAAAUCAAGAAACUGGAGGAUGACGUCCUAGUCAUGGAGGAUCAAAACAAUAAGUUACUGAAGGAAAAACAAAUGAUGGAAGAAAGGAUGGCUGAUGUUAGCUCCAAUUUGGCUGAAGAGGAAGAGAAGUCCAAGAACUUGACGAAACUGAAAAAUAAACACGAGUCCAUGAUAACUGAACUUGAAGUCCAUUUGAAGAAAGAAGAGAAGUCUCGCCAGGACUUAGAGAAGGCCAAGCGCAAGCUGGAGGGGGAGUAUAACGACCUCCAGGACCAGCUAGCUGACCUGCAAGCCCAGAUUGCUGACCUGAGGGCCCAGCUGGCCGCCAGAGAGGAGGAGCUGCAGGGAGUGGUGGCACGGCUGGAAGAAGAGUCUACUCAGAAGAACAACGCCCUGAAGAAGAUCCGUGAGAUGGAGGGCCUGAUCUCGGAGCUCCAGGACGACCUGGAGAAUGAGCGCAACGCCCGUGCCAAGGUGGAGAAGGCCAAAAGGGACCUGGGCGAGGAGCUGGAGGCCCUCCGGACGGAGCUGGAAGACAGUCUGGACACCACAGCCGCCCAGCAGGAGCUCAGGGCGAAGCGGGAGCAGGAGGUGGCCAUACUGAAGAAAGCCGUGGAGGACGAGGGCCGCCACCAUGAGGCCCAGGUGCAGGACAUGCGGCAGAAGCACACCCAGGCCGCGGAGGAACUCAGUGAGCAGCUGGAGCAGACCAAACGGGUGAAGGCCAACCUGGAGAAGGCCAAGCAGGCUCUGGAGAAGGAGGCGGCUGACAUGAGUGCGGAGCUGCACUCGCUGGCCAACUCCAAGCAGGACGUGGAGCACAAGAAGAAGAAAGUGGAGAGUCAGCUGUCUGACCUGCAGUCGCGCUUCAACGACUGCGAGAGACAGAAGGCCGAGCUUGGGGAUCGCGUCUCGAAACUCACCUUGGAGCUGGACAGCACCAGUGGUUUCCUAAACGAGGUGGAAGGCAAGAACAUCAAGCUGAGUAAAGAUGUCACAAGCCUCAGCUCCCAGCUGCAGGAUGCCCAGGAGUUGCUGGCUGAGGAGACCCGUAUGAAGCUGAACUUGUCAACGCGUUUGAGGCAGGUGGAGGACGACCGUAACGGCCUGCUGGAGCAGCUGGAGGAGGAGACGGAGUCCAAGAGGAACGUGGAGAGGCAGGUCUCCAGCCUCAACAUGCAGCUGUCAGAUACCAAGAAGAAGCUGGACGAGGUGAGCGGCAAUCUGGAGGUAAUGGAGGAGAGCAAGAAGCGUCUGCAGAGGGACCUGGAGGCCACCAACAACGAGUACGAGGAGAAGGCGGCCGCCUACGACAAGCUGGACAAGAGCAAGAACCGGCUGCAGCAGGAGCUGGAGGACCUCCUGAUGGACCUGGACAACCAGAGGCAGCUGGUCUCCAACAUGGAGAAGAAGCAGAGGAAGUUCGACCAGAUGCUGGCUGAGGAGAAGAGCCUCUCCUGUAAGAACGCUGAGGAGCGGGACCGUGCAGAGGCUGAGGCCAGGGAGAAGGAGACCAAGGCCCUGGCGCUGGCUCGCAACCUGGAGGAGGCGCAGGCCUGUCUGGAGGAGCUGGAGAAGGUCAACAAGAGCCUGAAGGUGGAGAUGGAGGACCUGGUCAGCUCCAAGGAUGACGUGGGCAAAUAUGUGCAUGACCUGGAGAAGGCCAAGCGGACACUGGAGACCCACGUGGACGAGAUGCGCACCCACAUGGACGAGCUGGAGGACGAGCUGCAGGCCACAGAGGACGCCAAACUCCGCCUGGAGGUCAACAUGCAGGCGCUCAAGAGCCAGUUUGAACGCGACCUGCAAGGCAGAGACGAGCAGGGAGAGGAGAAGAAGAAGCAACUGGUCAAACAGGUGCGUGAACUUGAGGCAGAGCUGGAGGAUGAGCGCAAGCAGAGAUCCUUGUUUGCCGCCGCCAAGAAGAAGCUGGAGGGAGACUUCAAGGACAUGGAGGAUCAGUUUGACACCGCUUGCAGGGGGCGAGAGGAGGCCCUGAAACAGCUGCGUAAAGUCCAGGGCCAGAUUAAAGACAUCCAGAGAGAGCUGGACGACGCCCGUGCUGCCCAGAAGGAGGCGCUCAACAAUCACAGGGAGUCUGAGCGGAGGGCCAAGGCCAUAGAAACUGAUUUCAUGCAACUGCAGGAGGAGCUAGCAGCUGCAGAGAGGGCUCGCAAGCAGGCAGAGACCGAGAGAGACGAGAUGGCUGAUGAGCUGGCCAGCAACUCCGGAAAGACAAUGAACAGCGAAGAUAAGCGUCGCCUGGAUGCGAAGAUCGCCCAGCUGGAGGAGGAGCUGGAGGAGGAGCAGGGCAACCUGGAGAGCGUCAACGACAAGCUCAGACGGAGCAUCCAACAGGUGGACCAGCUGACCAUCGAGCUCCAGUCCGAGCGCUCCAUUUCCCAGCGCAACGAGAGCACGCGCGUGCAGAUGGAGAGGCAGAACAAGGACCUUCGGGGGAAGCUGCAGGAGAUGGAGGCGCAGGUCAAGUCAAAGUUCAAGGGCACCAUCUCCACCAUGGAGGCCAAGCUCCAGCAGCUGGAGGAGCAGCUGGACCUGGAGAGCAGGGAGAAACAAGCCCUUGCCAAGGCUGUGCGUCAAAAGGACAAGAAGCUGAAGGAUAUGACUCUGCAGAUGGAGGACGACCACAAGCAGGCAGAGCAGUAUAAGGACCAGGCGGAGAAGGCCAACACUCGCGUGAAGCAGCUGAAGCGGCAGGUGGAGGAGACGGAGGAGGAGUCCCAGCGUGCCACCGCCGCCCGCCGCAAGCUGCAGCGCGAGCUGGACGAGGCCACCGAGGCCAACGACUCGCUCACGCGGGAGGUUUCCUCACUCAAGAGCAAACUAAGGCGUGGCAACGACCCCGCGACCUCCUUCAGCAGCUCCCCGCGGCGCAUCAGUGGUGGGGGGAGCAGUUUUCUGGGGAGCCGCAGGGGGGUCAUGGAGAAUUCGGACGUGGCUGGGGAGGAGGGUCCACCACGCUCCCCCUCCCCCAUCAUGGACCCACUGGACGAGGAGGAGGAGCUCCGGGGAGAGAUGAAUGGUACUGAAGACUACGACUAGAACCCUUCCUGCUCACCUAAAUAAGAUGAAUCUAGAUUAAUCAAAACUAAUUUAUGAAUGACCACACAGAGAGCAGAGGAUUCUGGGACGCAUACGGCACAGAUCUGGGCCAUGCACGUUCCAGUGUCCGCUGCUGUCUGAAUCAGACUAGGAUCCUUUUUGUCUGAUCCUUUGGGUAACAUGUGGUUUUCCUUGCUGCCAAUAAUCCUACUCUGCUUUGCCUGAUAAGCGUCCACCAUCGUCUAGUGCCUUAUAUUUACCUUUUUCCUGAUCUAGAACUGAUAGCAGAGCCUAUAGUCCUUUCAUUACACUUAGAUACUAGCCAGCAAUUCUCUCAAUAACUAUAGACCCUAUUCAUGCCAUAUUUUAAUUUAUAACAUGUAUUGUCCUGUAGUGUAUAGCUUUUUAAGGCAACAGUAAUAUCCUGACUGACACUGUGGGGUUCACAUGUUAAGUUAUAGCAUUAUUUAUUUAUAUUUACACAUACAUAUUUUGAUCACGUCACAUUGUUCCACCCUUUCGAGAAACCUCCUCUCCUCACUCGGGAAUAAACAGAUUUCAAAACCA